AUGAAUCGACAAUUGAAAUUAGUUUGGAUAUUGUUAUGGCUUAUCCAUAUUAUAAAUUGCCAAUCAUUACCCCCACGUGGUGGAUUGGUAGCACAAGUGCAGAAAUGGGCUAGUGAGAUUGAAAAUGAUAUGCUGACAUUAACGGAGGAUGUAUUAAUGGGUCAAAAAAUUCAGCAAAUGUUUGAUUCAUCGCCAUAUGAAAUUCAGAUCAAAGACGGUGACCAGAUUGCUAAUGAAGUCCAAGAUACUUUGGCUGAUUAUUUUGUCAAGCGAGAACAAGAUGUUUCAAAAGCGGCCGUAAAUGCGUAUGACGAUUUUUAUUUAAAAAACAUGGGAUCAUUAUUACCCAAGCAAUUACAGAAUUUGAGUUUUGAUGUUUACUUCGAUUCGGAUAUUCCUUCCAGAUAUCCGGAACCAUUAACUUAUGAUACGCGGUACUUUCAAAAAGUGAAUGCUACACGCGGAUGUGUUAAAAUCUCUGAUCAAGUGGACCGUAAUUCCAAGGAUAUCAUAGAAACAGUAGCUUGGACAUCUGAGAUUAAUAAACAAUAUAUUGCAAAUUUAAAGAAAGAUAACUACUUAAAGUGGCAAUACUUUGGUUCCAAAUUUGGUUUGUCCUAUACUUUUCCCGGUAGACCCUGGACUACAAAUUUUGUUGGUUUUACUAAGGAUUACGAUCCAAGACUUCGACCCUGGUACAUUGCUGCUACUUCAGGUCCUAAAGACGUAGUCAUUGUUAUUGACUGCGGCUUAUCAAUGCAAGGGAAUAGAUUUAAGAUUGCGAAAUCGGUAGCUAAAACGGUGUUAGCAACUUUAACAAGGAACGAUUAUGUAAAUAUUGUUUGUACAAGAUUUAGCCAUUGGGAUGAGACUGGAAAAUGGCAUUUCUACGAAACAACGGUUUUAGGAUGUUACAAAGAUCAACUUAUUCCUGCUUCAUUGACGAAUCGAAAAAGUUUAUCUAAUGCCAUUGAUAAUUUAAAAGCAGGAGGAACUAGCGAAAUGAAGAAAGGAUUUCAGAAAGCCUUUAAAUUAUUACGCGGUUCACAUCGUACAGGCUGUCAGAGUAUAAUGAUCGUAAUUACCGAUGGUGAAAAAACCGACGGACCAAAAGUAAGGUGUAGUCCAGGUUAUUACACUCGUAGUGGAUUUGUGCCCGGCCCAAUAUGCCGUUAUGAUUGGGAAAAAGUUGUUGAAGAAAUCAAAGCACAAAAUAAAAUUACUAACCCAAAAGCGAGAAUUUUCUCUUACCUUACUGCCAGCAAAGAAGAAUCUUUUGCUGGCGAGAUCGCUUGUUCUAACCAAGGGGUUAUGGUAAGGCUGGACAAUACAGAACAUUUAAUAUCAAAUAUGCAGCAUUACUACAAUUACCUAGCCAGUAGCAGCUUUCACAAUCAGAUUACAUGGACUGCACCGUAUCUUGAUGCUUCUGGUUUAGGUUUAACUGUUACUUUGGCUAGUUUAGUAACCUCGGGACGUAAUGAAAAUAAUGAGACAUUAGGUGUCGCUGGCAUUGAUGUUACCCUUGCGGAGAUAGAAGACUUAUUACAGCGCUAUGAAUGGGGUACAGUUUACUCAUUUUUGAUUAAUACCGAUGGAGAAGCGAUUUUUCAUCCUAGACUUAAACCUUCAUCAGAGCUCGUUGACGAUCCAAUCUUUGUUUCGAUUGAUCAAUUGGAAAUGAGUCAUGGGAGACCUAAAAAUUUUACUGAAGUUAGAAGCGAAAUGCAAGAAGGCAAAUCCGGUCGUGCACACUUUUCGAACUGCAUUCGAGGAAUUCCGAAAGGAGAUUACGAAGAUGGCGUUGACAUUUUACAAGUUCCCUGUACAUACUAUUAUCGUGGUAUUACUGGUUCCACGUACUCGUUUGCUUUUAAUCUUGCCGAUUCCGAUAAACAAGAUCGAUACCUAGACAACAUAAAUAAAUCUAUUACAUUGCCAACAAAUUUUUUCACUGCUUUAUACGAUUAUGACACUAUAUAUGCUAAAGAGCGAUUACCGGACACCUAUGAGCAGUUAGAUGUGCAGCGUAACAACGCACAGUAUAAUGUUCCGAUAACAUUUGUACAUUCUACAUUUACAUUAGCUCCACGAUCUUAUUGUGAGCCCAGUAAAUAUUUUCUUGAAGGGAAUAGUACGCUAAUAACAUUAGCAGCUCAUUUGUUUGCAAACUCACGAGAAGUUGAUAAUAAAACCUGCUUAAAUGGUGCGAAUUAUAAACGUGGUGUUAGAGCGGCAAUACAAUUGACUUCCUUAUUAGAACGGGACUGGAAGCUAAAAUUAGGAUCAGUAUUAAGACAGGCUGUUAAGUGGGUGUAUAUUGGACUACGCAAUGGAGUAUUUAGAAGCUAUCCCGGUCAUAUUGUUCGCAAAGGUUACGACCCUGUCAAGCGUCCUUGGUAUUUGAGGUCUUUAACAAAUCCGACGAAGAUUGCUAUAUCAACUGCAUAUUUAGAUUCGGCGGGGCUUGGCAAAGUGAUUACGAUCUCCAAGGCGGUUCAGGAAGGGAUAUUCGAAAUUUCGAAUGAUACCCUUUGCAAUACUGAACAAAUUGGUAACCUACCAGCGGGAUGUCCAUGUACUGUUAAUACCGAUUGUUCCUCUAAAAUAUGCUAUAAUACCUCAACGAACUCUGAUCCCCGAAUUGUGCAGAGAUGUGGAAGAGAGAACGUAGAAGCUGUCAUAGCAAUGGAUAUUCUAUAUAGUGACUAUUAUUAUCGUAUCCUCAACAAGCUUAAAUCUGGCGAAAAAGCAUGUGAGGUGGAAUAUCAAUGUCCGACAAAUCCUAGCAAAAUUUGUAUUACCAGAUGUUACCUUAUUGAUAAUGUUGCAAAUAUUGUAACUGCAAAAGAAUUCUUAACGGACAGUCAAUAUGACGAAGCACAGUACAAUCGUGUUACACUGUCACUAAAACAGCCAGAAGUCAUGAGUAAAUUGGUUCAUAAGUUUCGUGUUUUUCAACGUCGUGAAAAUAUCGAUUAUCAAGGCACCUGUAAGAUUUCGGACACUUCUACUUCUCGCGUUGUUUUUAAACAAAAUGUGAAUAAGAGUUGGCGAGGAUUUAGUGAUGAUAUCCCUAACCAAGGACCUUUUCCACCCUUUCAAAAUGAUUACGGUUGUAUUCAAGACGUUAUAGGUUAUGAGGCCCAUCCAGAAAACUUAGGCCAAAACCGAAUGCUGUAUGAUUACUUCAGUGGUCCGUGUUCUGAAGGAUUUUUCUACUUCAUCCAGUUACCUCGAACCAAUUUAUUUUUAUUAGUAGUUGAAAAUUAUUUACAACACGACACUUAUUUCAAUAUAAACUGUCAUAUAGCGCGCAGGGUAACCGCUGCCGGUUCGUUUGAAUUAAAGAAUGGAACUUGUCAGAAUUCCUUAUCAUUUUAUACCAAAAAGCCAAUUUGUCCUACAAUUCGUAAAGUCUUGAUACCAUGCUCAUUCAACGCGGGCCAUACAAUUUCAUCAAUUAACAUAUAUUAUACGCUAGUAAUAGCUACAAUUGUAUCUAUUAUCCAUAUGAUAUAA